AUGCACAAGUUCUCUCUUUUAAGCUUUUUGACCUUCUCCUCACUACUAUUCGAUGGCGCCGUAGCUCUGGGGUCGCCUAGAAACGGACACUCGGACGGAGCGCAGCAGAUCUCGAGACCCGGGAGCCCACGUGGCACAGCAGCAGGGAAUUCAGCUGGCAACUAUCAAGGCCCAAAAACCCCUCCAGCCUUAUAUCAUGGCAGUAGACGCAAUCCAAAAUCCAUCAGAAAGGAGGGUGGUCUCAUGGUUCAGAAGAAGCCUGACGAUGUGCCGCAGACGUACGAUGACCACGUCCACACCUCGCGUCACCACAUCUAUAAGGGGGAAUUCAAAACCGAAUUUAUAUCGUUCGAAGAUGAUCUUGUCUCUGCUUGGAAGCUUCUAGCCAAGUACUACCCUGCGUGGCGCACCAGAUAUAUUUACCAAAUCGACACGACUGGGAUAGAAGAUUGGUUCCAGAAUGUGAACGCGUUAUAUCAAGCGGACGGGAAAGUCAAUAGAAUCGCUCCAGAGGAGCGAGAGUGGAUAACGAGAAAUGAUAUCCCUUGGUCAGCAAUCGAAGGGUGGUAUUGGUUAACUAUCGAUGACCGCCGCUCCGACUUUGUGCCCAAUCCAACUCGUUAUGACCCAUUGCCAGCACCAUCAGCACCACGAAAAAAGCUCUUUGGGUAUAUAUGA